AUGGCAGAGGCCUUGCUAGGAGUUGUAUUUGAGAAUUUGUUAUCUCUUGUUCAAAAUGAAUUUGCAACCAUUUCUGGAAUCACAUCAAAGGCUGAAAAGUUGUCAACCACCUUGGAUCUGAUCAAGGCUGUUCUUGAAGAUGCUGAGCAGAAACAGGUCACAGACCGCUCUAUUAAGGUAUGGCUCCAACAACUCAAAGAUGCUGUAUAUGUGCUUGAUGAUAUUCUUGAUGAAUGUUCCAUUGAAUCUAGUAGACUUAAAGCCUCGUCCUGUUUCAACCUAAAGAACAUUGUGUUUCGCCGUGACAUCGGCAAAAGGUUGAAAGAAAUUACAAGGAGAUUCGAUCAAAUUGCUGAAAGUAAAGACAAGUUUCUUUUACGAGAGGGUGUCGUUGUUAGGGAAAGGCCAAAUGAAGUUGCUGAAUGGCGCCAAACAAGCUCCAUUAUUGCUGAACCCAAAGUGUUUGGACGAGUAGAUGAUAGAGAGAGGAUUGUCGAGUUUCUUCUCACCCAAGCGCAAGUAUCUGACUUCCUAUCCAUCUAUCCUAUUGUUGGCCUAGGUGGUGUUGGUAAAACAACACUUGCUCAAAUGGUCUACAAUGAUCAUAGGGUAAGUAGCAAUUUUAAUACAAAAGUUUGGAUUUGUGUUUCGGAGACUUUCUCUGUCAAAAGGAUUUUGUGUUCCAUUAUAGAAUCUAUCACAAAAGACAAGUUUGAUGCCUUGGAUUUAGAUGUAAUACAAAGAAAAGCACGAGAACUAUUGCAAGGUAAAAGAUUUUUGCUGGUUUUGGAUGAUGUAUGGAGCAGAAAUCAAGGAUUGGAACUAGGAUUAAGCCAAGACAAAUGGAACAAGUUGAAAUCUGCGUUGUCAUGUGGAUCCAAAGGAUCUUCCAUUUUAGUUUCCACUCGUGAUAAGGAUGUUGCAGAAAUCAUGGGAACAUGUUUAGCUCAUCAUUUAUCUGGUCUCUCUGAAAACGAAUGUUGGUUGUUGUUUAGACAAUAUGCAUUUGGAUGUGCUGGAGAAGAACGGGAAGAGCUUGUAGCAAUAGGUAAGGCGAUAGUAAAGAAGUGUGGAGGAUUGCCUCUUGCAGCACAAGCAUUGGGAGGUCUAAUGCGCUCAAGGAGUGAUGAAAAUGAAUGGCUUGAAAUUAAAGACAGUAAUCUCUGGACCUUACCAUAUGAGAAUUCCAUUUUGCCAGCCUUGAGGUUAAGCUACUUUCAUUUAACACCGACCUUAAAGCGGUGUUUUGCUUUUUGUGCGAUAUUUCCCAAAGAUAUGGAAAUUGUAAAGGAAGAUUUGAUUCAUCUAUGGAUGGGCAAUGGAUUUAUUUUCUCAAAGGCUAAUUUGGAUGUAGAAUUUUUUGGCAAUAUGAUUUGGAAGGAACUGUGCCAAAAAUCAUUCUUCCAAGACAUCAAGAUAGAUGAUUAUUCAGGAGACAUUACUUUCAAGAUGCAUGACCUAGUGCAUGAUCUUGCUCAAUCAGUUAUGGGGUCAGAGUGUAUGAUUUUGGAGAAUACUAACACUAACUUGUUAAGAAGCACACACCAUACUAGCUUUUACUCUGAUAUUAACUUGUUUUCCUUCAAUGAGGCCUUCAAAAAAGUUGAAUCCUUGCGAACGUUGUAUCAACUAGAGUUUUACAGCGAAAAAGAAUACGAUUACUUCCCAACAAAUCGCUCCCUUCGAGUUUUAAGCACAAACACUUUCAAGUUAUCGUCACUUGGGAACUUAAUUCAUUUGAGGUAUUUGGAGCUUCGUGAUCUUGACGUAGAAACCCUUCCUGACUCAAUUUAUCGCUUGCAGAAAUUGGAAAUCUUGAAAUUGAAAUAUUUUCGAAAACUGACUUUUCUACCAAAACACUUGACUUGUUUACAGAAUCUCAGGCAUCUUGUCAUUGAAGAUUGUAAUUCAUUGUCUUGUGUGUUUCCUUAUAUUGGAAAAUUGUAUUUCCUAAGAACAUUAAGUGUAUACAUUGUUCAGUCAGAGAGGGGGUAUGGCUUGGGAGAGCUACAUGAUCUAUCACUUGGAGGAAAACUGAGCAUACAAGGUCUGGGAAAUGUUGGUAGCUUAUUUGAAGCUCGACAUGCCAAUUUGAUGGGUAAAAAGGACCUCCAAGAAUUAUCCUUGUCAUGGAGGAAUAAUGGUGAAACUGAGACACCAACUACUACUGCUGAGCAAGUACUUGAAAUGCUUCAACCUCACUCAAAUCUCAAGAGGUUGAAAAUACUUUACUAUGACGGAUUAUGCUUGCCAAAAUGGAUUGGAUUUCUUAAUAGUUUAGUUGAUCUUCAACUUCAGUAUUGCAAUAAUUGUGUUCUUUCAUCACUAGGUAAACUACCAUCUCUAAAAAAGCUUGAAUUAUGGGGUAUGAAUAAUAUGCAAUACAUGGAUGAUGCUGAAUAUCAUGAUGGUGUAGAGGUGAGGGCUUUUCCAUCCUUGGAAAAAUUGUUACUAGCAGGACUACGAAACUUAGAGCGUUUGUUGAAAGUGCAAAUAAGAGAUAUGUUCCUUCUUCUUUCUAAUUUGACCAUUAUUGAUUGCCCUAAACUUGUGUUGCCAUGCCUUCCAUCCCUUAAAGACCUCAUUGUAUUUGGAUGUAACAAUGAGUUACUGAGAUCAAUCUCCAAUUUCUGUAGUCUUACCACCCUUCACCUUCUUAACGGUGAAGACGUGAUUUGCUUUCCUGACGGUUUGUUAAGAAACUUGACUUGUCUUCGAAGUUUGAAAAUUUCUAAUUUCCCAAAAUUGAAGAAACUACCAAAUGAACCCUUCAACCUAGUGUUGGAGUGUCUGAGUAUCUCUUCUUGUGGUGAGCUUGAGUCUAUACCGGAACAAACAUGGGAAGGUCUUCGAUCUCUUCGAACUAUUGAUAUUGGUUAUUGUGGAGGAUUGAGAUCCUUUCCCGAAUCUAUUCAACACCUCACUUCACUUGAGUUUUUGAAAAUUCGAGGUUGCCCAACAUUAAAGGAGCGAUUGAAGAAAGGAACCGGUGAGGACUGGGACAAGAUAGCGCACAUUCCAAAAUUACAUGUUGAUUGAAUGAAAAAGCACACACAUAUAUGCUUCCAAUUUCUAUCACAUUUGGAUAUGACACUCUUGUCUCUUCACUAUGGUGGUUUUGCAGCACAUGUUAGUUUGUCUUCUGUCUUCCAGUAAUAUACUUCUGCAGAGAGUUGGAGCAGCAAUGGGAGAGAAAAACAGACAUCUAAAAUCUGUCUUAGAGCCUUAUAAUGCCCUUUUAGCAUAUAAAUUUUCUGUCUCUUUCAAUGACUUUUGUUUUUUCAUGUUUUUCACUCAGUUUAAAAUGAUACAUCAAAUUUGUAAUUUGUUGUUGUUAUGAUAUUAUUAAUUACUGGUUUUGUAUUUGGUUCA